CCCGCCACGCCCUCAGGGUCCGAUGGAGGCGGCCGCGCUGAGCGACCCGGCUCAGAUUCCUGUGACUGCAGAAUCGCUUAUGGAGCCUAAACUGGGUAUGACCUUUGAGGACGUGGCCAUUUACUUCUCCCAGGAGGAAUGGGAGCUCCUGGAUGAGGCGCAGAGGCUCCUGUACUGCAAUGUGAUGCUGGAGAACUUUACACUUGUAGCAUCCCUGGAUUAUUGCCAUGGAAUGGAGGAUGAGGAGGUAACUUCCAAGCACAGUGUAUCUGUAGAAGAAGUGUCACAGGUCAGAACUUCUAAGGCAGGUUCAUUCACCCAGAAGAGUCACCUCUGUGAGGUGUAUGUCCCAGUCUUGAAAGACAUUUUGCACCAGGCUGAGCACCAAACAGCAUACCCUGUGCAAAAAUCAUACUUGGGUAGCACAGGUAUGAAAAGCUUCUGUUUCAGUGCAAACCCUCAGCAGUACCAGAAGCAUUACAGCAGAGAAAAGCCAUGGAAAAGGGAUGUGGAAAGGGCCUUGUUAUUUGUGACAAGCUGCAGAUUCCACGUGUCAACAAAUCUCUUCACCUGUGGAGAGAAUAGGAAGGACUUCCCAGCCACCAUGGACCUUCUCCAGCACCAGGCCACUCCCAACAGUAGCAGCAGCAAGUGUGGGCAGGCAUUUUGCAGUGGAAAAAGUCAGUACAAGAGGGGUGAACACAGAAAAGCUUCAAGCCACAAACACAUACUUGUUCAGCAUCAGAGUGUCUGCUCUGGAGAAGGGCUUUAUGAGUGUAGCAAAUGUGAGAAAGCCUUCACUUGCCAGUACACAUUUGUUCAGCACCAGCAAAUUCACACUGGACAAAGGACAUAUGAGUGUAGUGAAUGUGGGAAAUCUUUUAGCAAAAAGUGCCAUCUUAUUGUACAUAAGAGCAUUCACACUGGAGAAAGGCCUUGUGAAUGCAGUGAAUGUGGAAAAGCCUUUAUCCACAAAUCCAAACUCCUUCACCACCAGAGACAUCAUGCUGGAGGAAUGCAUUAUAAGUGUGGUGAAUGUCAGAAAUCCUUUAACUACAAAUCCAACCUCAUUGAACACCAGAGAGUUCACACUGGAGAAAGGCCUUAUGAGUGCAGCGAGUGUGGAAAAUUCUUUAGACAAAGCUCUAGCCUCUUUCGACACCAGAGAGUUCACACUGGAGAAAAGCCUUAUCAAUGCUGCGAAUGUGGGAAAUCCUUUAGACAAAUCUUCAAUCUAAUUCGGCAUAGGAGAGUUCACACUGGAGAAAUGCCUUAUCAGUGCAGUGAUUGUGGGAAAGCCUUUAGCUGCAAAUCCGAACUCAUUCAACACCAGAGAAUUCACAGUGGAGAAAGACCUUACAAGUGCAGUGAAUGUGGAAAAUCCUUUAGACAGUUCUCUAACCUCAUUCGACACCGUAGUGUUCACACUGGUGAUAGGCCUUACAAGUGCAAUGAAUGCGAGAAAUCCUUUAGCCGCAAAUUUAUUCUCAUUCAACAUCAGAGAGUUCACACUGGAGAAAGGCCUUAUGAGUGCAGUGAAUGUGGGAAAUCUUUUACCCGCAAGUCUGACCUCAUUCAACACCGGAGAAUUCAUACUGGCACAAGACCUUAUGAAUGCAGUGAAUGUGGGAAAUCUUUUAGACAACGCUCUGGACUCAUUCAACACCAGAGAGUUCAUACUGGAGAAAGGCCUUAUGAGUGUAAUGAAUGUGGAAAAUCUUUUAGCCAAAGUGCUAGCCUAAUUCAACACCACAGAGUUCACACUGGAGAAAGGCCUUAUGAAUGUAGUGAAUGUGGAAAAUCCUUUAGCCAAAGCUCUAGCCUCAUUCAACACCAGAGAAGUCACACUGGAGAAAGACCUUAUGAGUGCAGUGAGUGUGGGAAACCCUUUACCCACAAAUCUGACCUCAUUCAGCACCAAAGAGUUCACACUGGAGAAAGGCCUUUUGAAUGCAGUGAAUGUGGGAAAUCCUUUAGCCGCAAAUCUAACCUCAUUCGACACUGGAGAGUCCACACUGAAGAAAGACCUUAAAUGUGCAGGGAAUGUGCUAUGUCUUUAUUCAGUAUAACAACACUAAGAGAGACAGGUAGUCACCUACCUAAAUUUACACUUCAUUCAUUGAACAUCUACAACAAUGGGGGAUUCUUCUUAAAUUUCAGGUAUGUGGGAAGCUUUAAGGAGAUUCAUUCCAUUUUUAUUUAUUAAUAAUGUUUCCCUUUUUUUCUUUUUAUUGCAAUUUUUUAAUAUGCCCAGGGCAUAGCUUGAUUUAUUUCUGUGGCUGAAGCCAUUUCACCUCUACCACCUGGCAGGCCUACACCCUGUGCAUGAGAAGCAAACCUCUAUACUUUCUCAUUUGCUUGGGGAAAUUAUGAAUAGCCCAAGCCCUUAGGGUGUCCUAAUUUCCUUCUCUCUGACUUUAGGGCAUGGACCUGACCCAGUUUUGGUCCAGAGGACUUGACCUGAGUUGUGCUUUCAGCUUGCUAAGAAGGAUUACCAUUUCCAGGGACAUUGUUGGUUUCACAUCUUGCUUGUGAUGAAUUUUUCCAGGUUUUAUAGUUCACCAACUAUAUUAGCCUGUUUCUGUUGCUUAUAACAAAAUACAUGAAAUGG